CAUGGCAGAGGGUGGUGAUGCUAACCCUGCCUCCAACCAAAACCAACCAAGUACUAGUGGCAACACUAGCAAAACCUAUAAAGGCAAGUUAAAUGGAGUAAACAAACAACUGGUUAACUCCAUAUAUGGUCUAUACAGGAUGAAACAUCAUCCUAAAUGUAUGGCCAAUGAAAACCCCUUCCAAAGGAAGGUUGAUGGAUUCCUCAAGGACAUCCACCCUGCAGGUGGGCCCUUACCCAAGGAAAGACAGGAAAUUCUUGUCCAACAGGGUAAAGAGUUUGCCAAUACAAUAAAGGAGCAGCUCCUGCAGGAGUACAAAGUCAGAGGUGAGACUGCCCACAACUCUGUGAAAGCUCUCUCAUCCUCAAUAGAGGGAGAGUUACAAACCCUGAUAGAACUGGCUCUCAAAUAUUGUAAGAUGAGGUUCAGGAAUAGAUUCCAGGUAGACACUUGGAAGGAAAUUCUAAAGGAGCUCAAUCUUCCAUAUGUUGAGAUACCAGUUACCAGGAAAAGGAGAAGAGUGAGCAGUCAGGAGGGAGGGGGAGAGGAGGAGAAAAAAGAGGGUGGAAAGGCUAAGAAGAAAAAAGCCAAGAAAAGGAAAGGUAAACAUACCAUUCCUGUUUCUUCCUCCACAAAUCAACCAAACCCCCAACCCACUCCAACACCUCCUCCUCAGACAGUGGUAGAUGUUCAGAAAAUUGUCAAAGAGAGCUUGGGAGAGGAACUUAAUAAAUUUAAGGGAGAGAUGAUGGAUCUGCUUAAGAGUGCAGUAGCUGGACUUGGAAAUGGAAACAGCACCCCACCCACAAAUCAAGGGGAUACCACCCCUGCAGUGGAAAAAGUGCAAAUCCAGACCAGGUCACAAGCAGCAACCAGCAGACCUGUCAGAUCUCUCUCAGAGUCCUCCUCAGGCAACUCUAAAAAGACAGGCAGGAGGAAUUUAAAAGAUCAGGAAAGGGGAAAACCUCUGCCAAAAUAG